CAGACCCUGUAAUGGUACACCCCUAUUAUGGCCUUGCAUGGAAGCAUCAUUCAUUGAGGAAGAGGUGUUCAGCACAGAAAUUGGUGGCCACGAUGAUGAGGAGUUGGCACAAGAUGAAGGAAAUGAGUCAUCAGUCAAACGAAUAAGUGUGGAGGAUGCUAUUCAUCAAGGAACUGUCUGGAAACUCGUAUACAAAAGUAGGGUUAAUGUUCAGAUUCUUUAA